UUAAGUAUUUUAGAGGAGUCGACGAAAUAUCUUCCGCAUAAAAUAUAAUGUAACACUCGCGCGGCAAUGGGAAAGUGCACAUCGCGCAACAGUACCAAAACAAUAGGCAAGAAAUGUAAACAUAUCUCCACUCAUCAAGCGUCAACUGUCGUCUCUCGUAACUGAAGGCCGAGUCACAACAAUCAAAACAUUCCGGACCUUCGAGCAGGUCGAACAUACUCUCGUGCGUCACGCGUUUUCCCAAGUUUUUCCAUUACGUUCCGAGUCGGCGAGCAUUAUACAUACUGCGGAGCACGUGGUCGUUGUAUUAUUUAUCAUUUCCGUCGGUUGACUGAAAUAUAUCGUCGGCUCUUAAACAUUUAAUCGAGCUGACGUCGGCGUCGCAUUAAUUAUAACGUGUUUCGUCGACCGAAUUGCGUAAUACCAACGCGAGUGUCAGUGUCAGUGUCAAGAUAGAGCAGCCAUGCUGGAUUGGGAAGUCAGGAUGGAGGACGCAGGACAUCUGGACGUAUAAGCAGCGAUACAGCGACAUAUUUCAGGCAGCGUGUACACCAGUUCAGGAAGUCCCACGAGACAGAACAGGGCCAAUGGCGCUGGUGCUCCUGUCAGAAAGAGCAACUCAAAUACAUCAAACGCAACAUGACAAUCCGCCACGAUCUACCGGAAUGCUGACGUCAUCGUUGGCCCAUGUCAAAGGAAGAAAGGCGCGAGCAGAAAAAUAUACCGAAGAUGGCUUCACAUUUAACAUGGAUUGUCAUAAAUAUUUCAGUAAAAAAAAGGUAAUAAAAAGAACGGUGAAACGUGCGAGCAGUAACCUCCAAAAAAGGAGAUUACACGCGACAGGAUGCCAAGAUGCACGAAAGUUUCUCGCUGAAGACACGCGGGAAAAAGAUGGACAAAAGUGUGCAGGUGCAGUAUUGAAGGAGUCCUCGGGAAAAUAAUCACACGCUAAUCGGGAUCGAAGAAAAGCCUUUCUUCUGUCGUAUCGUUUGAAAGUCAAAGGAGGCGAAACUCUCGGAGUUUUUAAAUCGGUUUAAAUUUAUCCUCUUGCACGAAGAUGGAGGCAAAAUUUCAACGCAAACGCCAAAGCAAGUAACACGCGAGUAUAAACUUGCUCAGUUGUUUUGCGGCACUUAACGUUUAAUAAUAUACGAGUUUUCUGCAACAAACCACCGUGAAACGACAGAGAUAAAUUCAAAGUACUCAGAACGCGAUAGUUUAAACGAUAGUCACGGCCGUCUCUUACGACUAUCCUUGGAGAUAAAAAUUGCGUGUUAAACUUUUAUGAGAUCCAAUAAAUCCUAAUUUCUCUUGCGGAUAAUUUAGCCCGAGCUAAUUGGCGAGACGAGAAUAAAUAAAGAGGCAGCAGAACGGACUUCGAAAGUACGCGGAAUUUGCAGGAGUUGUCAGCGCGAUUCGUCACGGCAACGACCGUCCAUGGCAAAUGUAAGAAAAAAAAAAGAAAAAGUAAUGUACAACACGCGAUAAUAACGAGUUACUCACGUCCGCUGUCGUUUAAUGCGACAGGUAGCGCCUGGAUCUCAAGGCGAUCUCAAGGCGACUACGCGCAGCGAAGUUGUACGAAACGGAUGGAGCCGGUGCUCCAGAUCAAACCGGCGCAUUCCGUCACACAAACUGGUGCAAGAAAACGCGCGAGCGCCAUUUCCACGAGUUUAACGGGCACGAUAUGCACCGUUAUUUUUCACAACUAUCGGUACCUAGUUUCUGCGACCCGACCUCGUUAUCUGUCUAAAAUACGAGUUAUUCAGAGUAUCAAAGAAGAAAUAAACACCUGGAGUCGUGAUCACGACGCGUAAUAUAGGGGAGACUGGAUCUAUUUAUAUUUUAAAAUUUCGAAGUUUUACAACUACUCAGGCAAUCAAUUGUAGUGACUGACUGUGUAAACAUGAUAGAGGCAACCUUCUUCUGUGCAUUAAUACCCGCUACACUGAGAGAAAAAUAUAGUUGUCUUUGCUAUAAUAGUUAGAAAAACCAUCAUUUUAGUAAGUGUUAUUAGAAAGAUGGUUCUUCUAACUAUUUUUCUGGUUAAAAUCACAAAAAAGUAUAGUUGACGCCGAAAGCAACUAUAUUUUUCUCUCUCAGUGUACGAUCCUGUUAACUGUAUAUUUUGUUUUGUAAUAACCAAAAUACGAAUAUGCAACAUAGUCAUCUUGCUCUGGUUCAGUUGCCCAAUAGCGCAGGGUAAGAAGGCCACGUAUAAAAUAUGUACCCUGAUUAGUAGUUCCAAAUUUUCCGUGAGAGAUCUUUACCGUCAGCCCUUGGCCAACUUUAGCUAGUCCGCCUAUAUAUGCUCUAUUUCAAUCAUUUUAUGAAUGAAAAUUGCAUUUAUUACUAGAAAUGGUAUGUCAUACACCUGCAAGAAUUUUUAUUCUAAGUAAUAAUAUAUCGUUUAUUUUUAUUCUGUCACAAUAGAGAAUAUUAAUAGAAAAUUUCGAAAGGCUCGAAAAUUUACUUUACUGUUACCAAAUCAGUCUUUUUAUAUUUAACUGUAAUAUUAUUCCAAUUUUAAUGAAAUGCAGGAAAAUGUAUUUAUGUUCUAAAGGGACCAUUUCGCGAUUUUGUAUCUACUUAUUCCUCUCAUAAUAAAUACUAGGAAAAUGGUAUAAAAUGUAUAUAUUAAAUGUUAUAUGCUAAAAAACAUGAGUAACAUAUCAUUGGGGCCAUAUAACCUCAGUCUCCCUUACUCCUGCCUCAUCUUGCUUUCUCGCGGAAAACGUGAUUUCAUUAUAUGUAUAUAACAGAGA